AUGAACUAGUUCAAAGGACCACCUUCUUCUCUUCUCUAGAUCUCCGUCUCCGUCACAUUCUACGGUUUUGUGCAACUGAAGGCAAUGGACACCCUAACCGCCGUAGACGACGGCAACAUGGGCACCUCAAUACUGAUGCGCUUCACCGACCCCAACAACCAAGUCGACCUCGAAAUCCGCAAACUCAUCGUCGUCAUGGCCCAGCUCUUCCGAGACCACAACGCCGCUCCGACGCCAGAAGCCUACCUGGGCUCCACCUGCUCCUCUCUCGACCUCGUCGCCUCCACCUUCGACUCCAACCCCAAACGUCCCACUGACGUCAUCGACGCCCACCUCACAAUUCUCUCCAUCGUCAUUCCGAAAGCCCCCGCCAGAUUUCUGAUGAGCAAUCUCCAGUUGAUCGUUGCUUGUUUGAGGCGACCUCUCCGGUCUAAGUUUCCGUUUCCGUUGGACGCCACUAGCUACCUGCUGCUUAGGAGUUAAAUGCCUUGCUCACUUGAUCAUCGUCCUUAUCACAAAACGCUUCAACAGCUGGUCAGAUGUUUCCGAACUCUACAGCUUCUUACUCACCUUCGCUACCAUGACUGGCACCGGCCUGACUUGAUAAUUGAUUUACUGGAAGGGGAAUUGUAAUGUGUGUUAAUUGGCCGGAUUCGGAAACAGGUGACAGACGAAGCGUGUUCGUGUCUUCAUCAUGUACUACAAUGUUUUCAAGGCACGCCUCUGCUUGACCCUGCAAGCAAACAGAUUAUUGCUCACUUGUUGAAUAAGUAUCCUCCGCCGAAGCAAGCAAUCCAACAAGAUAUCUGCAAGGAGAGUCAAGUAGUUCAGCGCAAAGUUUUUAAGGCCGUGCUUGCUUUGGAUGCUGUGGGCAGUACUUCUUCCCGUUAUGUCAACCCAGGACAGAACUGCUGUGCUCUUCUACUAUAAAACUCUGUUUGAACUGCAACAAGGCUAUGUUACAUUUCGCAUAAUAAAAGGUGUGCAUAGAGUUUGUCUCAACCCAUCUCCAGACGUUUCUCCUGAAUUGUUGCUUGAUCUAAUAUGCUCGAUAUGUCAUUCUGUCUCCAAACAUGAGACAAAUUAUAUUGUGGAAAAUAUAUCUGCAUUGCUGGGUACUGGAGUGGCGAAAGUCUAUUCCUUGAACAGGAAAAUCUGCGAAACUAAGCUCCCUAUUGUGUUUGAUGCACUCAAAGUUAUAAUGGUAAAGCCUGAAGAAGAAGACAUCGCUCAUGCAGUGCAGGCAUUUAAGUGUUUAAUUCGUGCUUGCAUCGAUGAAAGCUUGAUCAAACAGGGAGUUGACCGUAUUCUGUUGAAUGCAAAUAUGUAUAACAGAACAAACUCUGAGCCAACUAUAAUUGAAAGAUUGUGUGCUACUAUUCAAAGCUUAUUUGGUUAUUGCGACACUGCUAUCCUGUACCUUGCUUUUGAAAUUGUCUCAACAAUGUUUGAGAAACUAGGGGUAUACUCUUCUUAUUUGAUGAAGGGUACACUGAAGACCUUAUCAGACAUGCAGAAGUUGCCUGAUCAAGAGUUCCAUUUCAAGGAGGAGGUCAAGCUUGUUCUACAAGUGGUUGUUGAGAAAUGGGGGCGUGAUGCUAUAAUAGCUGUCUUGCCUCAAGAACACAUGGAACUGCUUGCAGAGAUCAAUGAACAGCUGGGUUCUAAAUCUGUGGAGGCGAGAUCUAAUGUGUCCACAGCAACUACUGUCAGAAACAAUCAAGCGUAUGAUAAAGCUCCGUGUAACAAUUCAAAAUGGGAGAUGGAUGAUCCAGAUAUUGAGUAUGAGGCCUGGAAUAGAGAGUUCAGGGAAUGGCGUGCUAGGAAUAUUGCCAAGGGUGCUGCCGCACAAAGGAUGUUGGGUGCAGCUGCGAUGACAAAGAAGCUUAAACUCUAGAGGCUUGUAGUUCAAGACAGUUUAUAUACUUAUCUACGUAGUUAACUUAUUCACAAAGGUAAGUUGUUAUUGUAGGCCACGUUUAUGUUCUGAUUCCUGAUGUUGAGUCUGAUCCAACAGAAGUCUAGAGUGGUGUGCAUGUUUGUAUACAAUAUUUCCAAUAGGAGAAAACAGAAACUCCGCAUAGUUUUAACAUAAUUUGAUGUUUAGUUGGAAAGUUGUGCAAA